UCUCUCUCCUCUCUUUAGUUUGAGAGACAAGUUUGACUAAAAACAUAAACCACAACAAAAUAAAUUCUGGCACACAAAAAUGGAAUUUUCUUGUGGUUUUUGUACAAAAACCGAGGAAGAAGUACCACUUAUCGAAAUAUCAUCAAACUCCCUCUUGAUAAGUGGAAAAAGCUUUGAAUUUUUACAUAUUUUUCACGAGCUUUUUGAAGCUGCUCAUGAAGAUUUGAUUACAAAUUUUAUUUGCGAGAAUUGUAAAGAUUCGGCUGUGCAGUUUUUCAUUUUCAAAAGAAACGUCAAAAGUCGUCAGAAUCCUUAUAGGAAAACAAUCAUAAAUCAAGUUGAACAAUUUCUAUGUCAAAGUGAAAAUAUCGAAGAUAUUCAAGUUGUGAGAAAAUUUAGUUCUUUAACUCUUAAAAUAGAACAAAAUGAUUCUAUUUCUGUUAAUAAAGAGCCAGAAGAUUACCAUAUAGAAACACAUAAUGAAGUGAGUUAUGGAUUAAAUGAAGAACUUGAACAUCAACAAGCUGAGAAUGUUCUUGUUGUCAUACAUUGUGCCAAAUGCAACGAGGAUCUUCCAAAUUCAGUCAAUCUUGAACUUCAUAAAUUCUUCAAACAUUCUUUAUUUGGAAUUCAAUUAGAGAAUGAAGUGGAAAGCAGUAGAAAGCUAUUGGACGGUGUCGGCCUCAUUGGAAAAUUUGACACAAGAUGUGCAAAUUGUUUUCUUUACAUGGAAGAGUUCAAUAGUUAUUCAUGUCAUUUAUUAAAAGAACAUAGUCUUGAACUUUUCCAACAAUUAAAUGAUGCUUUAUACAUGAACUCAGAAGAUUUAAAUUCAAAUCUUCUUCACAAAUAUAUUGAAAGUAUCAUCGAAAUACUUCAAACUGGAGGUGAUGUUAAAAUCUCUGAAGAUAUUAAGAAAUAUUUCUUCGACAUUUACUCAGGAGAGACUCUUGAUGAAGUUUUAAUCGUGACUGAAGAUAAUCAAGUCAUUAAUGAAGUGUUAAGCAGUGAAGACGAAAUCGUUCAAGAAGAGGGAGAAGAAGUUGUCAUCGAAGCACUCGAGCAGACGGAAACAAUUAAAUCAAAACAAGAAAAGUCAAAUAUUGUACUGACAGGAGAUGACCGUUUAUGGCUUAGAAAAGAAAUCAGAUUGAGAAAAUCUUUAAUGAAAAAUGAGAAAGGAACCAGUCGUGCAAUUUAUCGUUGCACCUUUUGCAAUGAAUAUUGUUCCAAUUCAGCGCCAGGAUUUCGUUAUCAUUUGAUUAAUAAACAUCUGAAGGAAAAUAAUUUAAGAGAACUUCAAACGAUUUCAGAUGAGGCAACACCACCAAAAAUUAUCCCUCGAACAUGGAAAAAUAUUUGCAACGAUUGUGGAGUGAAGUUUAAAGAUCAAAAAGCAUUAAAAUGUCAUCAAACUUGUCAUCAACUCUUUGACUUCAUGGCACAAGAUUAUUCAUUUCCUUUCUGUAAUGAUUGUAAUUCAUUUUUCAUUGACACAUCAAGCUUGAAUGUUCAUUUAAUGAAACAUGACACAAAUGACGAAUUGACGCAACCAAUUGAAGUCACAAUAGGAUCAGCAAUGUUUCAAGGGAAAGAAAUAAAUUAUCUUCAAGCAAUGCAGAACGAUUUGAUAGCCGAUGGCUUCCCAUCAUGGAAUUGCGGACAUUGUACAAGAAAAUUCGAGAAAGAAGAUUCUUGUCGUUUUCAUCUUUUGAUGUUUCAUGCGAGAUCUUUCACAUGUCCAGUUGAUAACAGAGAAUUCUCCGGCUUCAAAGCUGUCACAUUAUUCACUCAUCAUCUAAAGAACAAACAUUCAGAACUCUUUCCUGAAAUAACUUUUCCGUGUUCAUUUUGUAAAACUGAAUUUCCCACGAUUUAUGAUAAACUUGCACAUAUGAAAUCUUGCAGUUUAAAAAAGUUUUCAUGCGAUCAUUGUGGAAAAAAAUUCUUUAAGAAAGGCGAACUUAUCGCACAUUUAAAAUUUGUCAACGGCGAACUCUUCUUUCCUUGUGAAGUCUGCAGCAAAAAAUGUGAGACUAUCAGCGAUUUGAAGAUUCAUUUUCGUAGUCACACCAGAGAGAAACCAUUCGCGUGUACUGUUUGUUUCAAACCUUUUCGUACCCUCGCUGCAAGAUCUGCUCAUAUGGAUAAGCAUGGAGAGAAUUUUAUGUUCGUUUGUCAUUGUGGAAAGUCUUUCAAACAACGUCAACUUUAUUGUCGACAUUUAAAAGCUGUUCAUAAGUCAGAGAAGCUUGACGAUUUCAAGAAUUUAAUUGAUUAAAAUUCAUUUUAUUUAGGGAAAUAAAAGAAAAAUUUGCUAAGUAGUUUUAAAGAUA